AUGGGCAAUGAGAAUGCUUCCACUGUGCAGAUACUCACCUGGUUUUUGAUUAUUACUUCAAUUCUAGGAGUUGGGGCCAGGGGUCUCACUAAAGCCAUUCUCGUCCGCUCCGUCAGUCUCGACGACUAUCUGAUAACAGUCGCCUUGCUAUUCGCCAUUGGACAAUCAGUUGCCGUCUCGGUAGAGGCUGGACAUGGCUAUGGUAGCCCUUCAGAUCCGCUGAGUCGCUCUCAAGCGACAAGAAAUUUGAAGUCUGAAUAUGCAGCCAGUCUCCUCUAUGUUGCAAGUCUCGGCUUUGCGAAAGCAUCUGUCGUAGCUCUUGUCAACACUCUGACGCCCAUCCGAAGCCAUCGACGAGCCACAUACGGACUUGCAAUCUUCCUCUUUCUCUGGGCAAUCAUCGGAGAGAUCGGAACGGCUUUCCUAUGCCAUCUGCCCAGACCGUGGGACUAUCUGGAAGGACACUGCUCGAAUGAUACAAUACGUCGCACAUGGUGGAACUACUUCGAAAGUACGAACAUCAUUACUGAUCUGGCUUUGAUAUGCUUGCCGAUUGUUGUGAUCUGGCAGAUUCGAAUCUCCCUUUCCAGAAAAGCCUCGGUCUGUUCCUUCUUUGCGCUUCGGAGCACUGUCAUUGCCGCCUCAGCGUGCAAGCUCGUCUUCUGGAACAACACCCAAGACUUGCAAAAGCCCGGUCACAAUCCCUGGACCGUGACACUCUGCACCCAAAUCAUCCAAAGCCUCAGCAUCGUCUCGGCCUGCUUUCUCUACCUCAAGCCAUUCCUCGACAGCGUCGAGUCCGGCUUCAUCAGAAGUGACGACAUCCGGCGACGGGGCACGAACGAAUACCACCGUCACCACACCGCCACCACCACCGGCGGUUCGUCGACCACGGGGUCAGCUUUCUCGACAAAAAAGCACGCCCGGACCGGGAGCCAGUCCAUCGGGCUCGUCGGCGUGCCGCACCCGCGCCACAUCACCACCGUCACCGCGAACGAUCCGCCGGACCUCGAUGCUGGAAGCCAGCACAGUCGCACCCACAUCAUCAAGGAAACCAGGACUUUUGCGGUCGAAGGGUCGGCCAACGAGCAGUGA